CCCUAUUUACUCCCUCUCUCGAUCUCUUAAACUCUUCUCCUUCCUUCUAAUUGUCUAUAAACAUCAUCAUCAUCAGCUAGAAUGGUCAUGUUUCCAAUGGUGUUUCUCAAGCUUGCGAACUGGGUCUUGUACCAGCUUCUAGCCAACUCAUUUUACAGAGCUGCAAGGAAAAUGAGAAACUAUGAUUUCCUUUUAGAAAACCCAUCUCUUAAAUCAUCCCAUCAGCCUUCUUUAUUUCCCAGUGUGGCCAAAUGCGGUUUAGAUAAAAGGGGUUCUGACACAUUGGUCUGUGACAUUCAGGGAACCCUCCUGAGGUCCUCGCAAUCCUUUUUCCCUUAUUUCAUGUUGGUCGCUUUUGAAGGCGGUAGCAUUGUCAGAGCUUUUCUUCUGCUUUUGUCAUGGCCGAUUCUAUGGCUUGUGGACUACGAGCUCAAAUUAAGGGUGAUGAUAUUCAUAUCCUUCUGUGGGCUUCGGUUGAAGGACAUGGAAAGCGUUUCGAGGGCUGUUUUACCCAAGUUUUAUCUCGAGAAUCUCAACCAUGAGGCUUAUAAGGUUGUCGCUUCGACGGGAUCGAAGAUUGUCUUCACAAGUGUCCCCAGAGUGAUGGUCCAAGGAUUUUUGAAAGAGUAUUUGGGUGUUGCUGAUGUUGUGGGGUCUGAGUUGCAGACAAUUGGGCGCUUCUACACAGGUUUGCUAGAUGGGUCUGGUUUGCUUGUAAAGCACAGAGCCCUUAAAGACUACUUUGGAAAUGCAAAUCCUGAUAUUGGCCUUGGAACUGCAACCCUCCAUGACCAUCUCUUCAUCUCCCUUUGCAAGGAGGCUUAUGUGGUGCACAAGGAAGACGACAAGAACUCCCCAACCUCACAGAUGCCAAGGGAAAAGUACCCAAAGCCUCUGAUAUUUCAUGAUGGAAGGCUAGCCUUUUUCCCUACACCACUAGCAACUCUGUAUAUGUUCAUGUGGCUGCCACUAGGAAUAAUCCUAGCCAUAUUUAGAAUCUUCAUUGGCAACUAUCUUCCUUACAAGUUUGGCAUGGCAGUGGCGUUUUGGAGCGGUGUACAUCUCGAGCUGAAAGGACACAUUCCUCCAACCCCAGCAAAUCACAAAAAUGGAGUUCUUUAUGUUUGCUCCCACAGAACCCUCUUGGACCCAGUUUUCCUCAGCACUGCUUUGGCUAAGCCUUUGACUGCCGUGACUUACAGCCUAAGCAAAAUGUCAGAAGUCAUAGCACCCAUUAAAACAGUGAGAUUGACAAGAGACAGAAAACAAGACGGAGACACCAUGCAAAGAAUGCUUAGCGAAGGUGAUUUGGUGGUGUGCCCUGAAGGAACAACGUGUAGAGAGCCAUACUUGUUAAGGUUUAGCUCUUUGUUUGCUGAGUUGGCUGAUGAGAUUGUCCCUGUGGCCAUAAACACCCAUGUGAGCAUGUUUUACGGAACUACAGCCAGUGGACUCAAAUGCUUGGACCCAAUGUUCUUUUUGAUGAACCCUAAACCUAGCUAUUAUAUCCAUAUCCUUCCAAAGAUGCCGAGAGAGCUCACAUGUUCGGGGGGAAGAUCAAGCUUUGAGGUCGCUAAUUAUAUCCAAAAACAACUGGCUGAUGCUUUAGGGUUUGAGUGCACCACUCUUACAAGGAGGGACAAGUACAUGAUGCUUGCAGGGAAUGAAGGGGUGGUCCAUGAAAAUAAGAGCACGAAACCCUAGCUAAAUGAUCCACUACUGAGUUUCUUUUUCUUUUCUUUUUUUUCUUUUUUUCUUUUUGUUAUGAACCAUAUAUUUUCUUUAUUUAUUUUUUAUUUUUUGGCUGGAGAACCAUUUUUUUUUUUUUUUUUUUGUGAAUUAU